UAUAAUCACAAUAACAGCCCAAAUAAUGGAAGAUAAACAAUGAUUUGUUAUAUAGAGCGAAUAUACUUGAGUGAACUACAGGCGACAAGGCUAAUCUCAGAAAAUUUUUCACUCGCAAGCUUUGUUUGUUUUAAACGGAUUUUGUUCGCUCCAAAUCGUGUGACGUCACAAGCAUCUAUUUCCAUUCCGCGGUAUUUUAGAUCGAGACAAAAUGGAGUGAACUGAUUUCACAGAUUUCUGAUGCGUUUCGCUUGUUAGCGAACUGGAGAUCUGCGCUUAUAGUUCGCUGGCGUCUACACGAAAUACCACAAAAGAAUCAUUGACCAGCAUGUUGGAGAAUUUUUUUAGGGGAGAAGUGCCGAGUAUUUUUGAAACAACGAUCAAGCGGGAGAAAGGUUCGCUAUCGGAGGACAACUCACCAACAUCGAGACUAAAAAGUUACAGGAAUGAGGAGGAAUUUCUACGGAGCGUUAAGGCAACGAUAUGUUAUUGUGGUUCCUUCUGGACUUUUGGAAUGGCUGCUGCCGUAAUUGGACCAACCUUACUCGAACUGGGCUGUGUUACGAAUCGGCCGUUAAACGUAAUGAGUUGGUUAUUUUUUUCGCAAGCUUUAAGUGCUCUCUUUGGUUCUAGCAUAGGAGGAUUCUUGGCAGACAGGUACGACUGCAAUAUCAUACUGCUGUAUUGCGUGACGUCUGUAGCAAUCUAUCUUGCCAUAAUACCAGUGUGUCACGUGUUUGGCGUAAUGUUGGCAUUUUUCGCCCUGUUGGGGGUCCACAUGGGAGUGAUUGACACCGUGUCGAAUAGUGUCCUCAUCAAGAUUCAUGGGAAAAAGGUGGCGCCAAGGUUGCAAUCUCUUCACUUCUUUUACGGCCUGGGAGCAUUAGUCAGCCCAGUCAUUGCAGAGCCAUUUCUGCGGAGCGCGUGCCCAGAUGGACAUUUCAAGAGUAACAUCUUUGGUUGGACCUUGGAGAACUCGACCCUAGAGCGAUUGUCAGAGUACAGCAUUGACGGCUUUCAAGAUAUCGAUGUCAACCUGACAAUAAUAAAUGAAACCAUAUCAGAGAUGAUGGGCCCACGUCACUAUCAUACAAAGUCUUUUGUUCAAUACGCCUAUUGGCUUGUGGCACUUCUUCAGGUUCCCGUGCAGUCAGGUUUAUUUUAUCUCAUCUACAGGCAGCGAUACCUUAGACGCUGGUCACCAGAUAUUUUCGCUGGAAGGGUGGUAACUCUUGCCGCUUUGCCUGCUGGGAAUGGCGACGAAACUGAAAGUGAAGAUUUACCACAAGUGUUGAAACCAACCGCUGACUCUUCAAUAAGAUUAUCGCUGUGUAGUCUUCCCGCUAAGAUACCGCUGGUAACUAUCCUCGCUGGCCUGUUGUUAUUUCUGUUUGAUGGCCUACAGGGUGCAUAUGGUGGCUACUUAUACACGUACGCAGUCAAAAGCGAGAUGCGCAUGUCUCCGAGUCACGCUGCUUACCUUAAUUCUUUAUUCUGGUGUUCCUUCGCCGCUGGGAGAUUUAUUUCUAUCGUUGUUUCUGUGUUUCUGAUACCGGAUAAAAUGCUUUUUGUUAAUCUGUUUGGAUGCUUUACAGCAAUAUCCUUUAUGUUAUAUCUGCACGAUGUGUCUUUGGCAUUAUGGAUCGGCAGCGCGGCGUUUGGUUUGUUUAUGAGUUCUGUGUUUCCUUCCACUCUGUCUAUGGCUGAACACUACAUUGACGUCACAGGCUCCAUAACCAGCAUCCUAAUUGUUAGCUCUGCAACAGGAGAGAUGGUAUUCCCACUACUCAUCGGAAAGGCCUUCCCGCGGAAUGGACCGCUCUCCUUCCUUGUGAUCGGCUUCUUGGUUUGUACUUUCGCCCUUCUUGUUUUUCUGACUUUGCGCAUGACUGCCAAGGCACAGAUCAACCAACCAGUGCAUGAUGUUUAUCGUACCGCCAUAAAGCGCCUUUGCCGGUGUAACCAGGCCUGUGACGAUUGUGAAUACACCCCUCUGGUCACGUGUGACGAGGAAACUGAAGAAACUGGGAACGAUGAACUUAUUAGAGGAGAGGAAGCACAUAGAGUUGUGGAGCUUCAAAGUUAACAGAACCUAUCACGCCUGCACGAGAUGAGAUGUCUUCUGUUUUAAUACCUCUUCUAUUGUAUAAUUCAAUUCGGUUAAGCUAAAGAUACUUUCAAUAGUUUUGUUCGAAAGGGGCUUCUCUCCAUAAGCACUCCAUCAGAGAUUUAGACGAAGAACACUAUGAGUACCAAAUUUGACGGCAAGUUUUAAGAAAAAUAUUGAGAUGACAAGUAUCUCAAAAAAUUUAUUCACUUUUUAUGCGACAAGAAGACUAAUAGAAUUACUCCUGGUUAGGAUAAGCAAGGCUUUUUUAAUUUUUCUGAGAUUAAAAACAAAAUGAUUUGCCGUCAUCAAUUAACAAUUAAAAGUCAAAUGCAAACCAUUGACAAAAGUGGAGAAAUAAUUUUUGCUGACACCUCCUCAGUAUUCUGGGAGCUGCGAGCGGUGUUGUCCUUCCUGAAUGCCGUUUAAAAAGUUUUACUCCUUUUAUUCUAAGGAAGAGGGAAUGUUCUUUGUAAUAUUUUCAUAUUUGCUUUCUUUGGGAAUUUUUUGAAAAAUUUGGCGUUGGGAAAACGACUGCUUUCUCACGUUAGUUAGCUUUUAGGAAUUGUAAAUAUUUGGCAAGGAAUAUAAAGUAAAUAACGGAAUCAAUAAUCAAUUCAUUUUGGAAUUUCCAUUUCUC